GGUUUGCUGCCAGUGCUGCCGAGUAAUCGGAGUAACGCAGCUAACUUCGUAUCGCUUCGCAUACGUACUUUGGUCGUCGUUUGAACGUGUGCGCGUGUCUCUCUGUUUGUCUGUUACCUUGCGGUGUUUUUCGUCUCGAAGUCUAGAAUCGCGCGUGACUCUCGCGUUUCGCGCGUUCCUCGGUGCAGUGUGGUGGUGUCCGGCUGUUCGAUAGUGGAUCCGGCGAUAGAUUCUUGCACGUUAUUCUUCGUCGUUAUUCUUGUCCCGUCGAAAGUGAGACCGACGUGACGCGAUGUCUUCUUUCAAGGACGAUAAAGUGCCGUGCGCCCGGCUUUGCCACAUCGUCAAGUGGGACGAUUUUAAUGGUUACGGCUUCAAUCUACACGCGCAGAAGGGCAAGAACGGUCAGUUCAUCGGCAAGGUGGACGAGGGUUCGCCGAGCUUGGCGGCCGGUCUGCGUCAGGGUGAUCGGAUAGUCGAGGUUAACGAGAUCGACAUCGCGAACGAGACUCACAAUCAGGUGGUCGAGCGUAUCAAGGCGUUCGCCAAUGAGACCAAGCUGCUGGUGGUUGACCAAGAAGCCGACGAUUAUUUCAGGGAGAACAACAUCGUCAUCAAGGGUACUAUGUCGAACAUCAAAGUGAUCAAGACGCCGGAGAGGAAUCCCAACAGCGUAGAAGAUCGUUCCGAAAGCAGCAACUGUUCCGUUGACGAGAACACGCAGAAGUCAAUCGAUUCUAACGACACGGGGCACAGCGACAGUACCACCGUUGUGCAGACGACGACCGAUGACAAAGAGUCUAAUAUGCGGGAAAAUGGCAACGGCAAUAUGAACCAUGUGCACGGUACGGGUAAUGGCACCCUGGGUACCGCGGAUGGUGCGAACAACAGCGAGCCUCGAUCCUUGAACCUGACGAUGAGCGCGAAGGAGCUCAGGGAGAUGCUGGCACAGCGCAAAAAAUACGAUCCGAAGAAAGAGUCGAUCGGCUUCAAGGAUAAAUUCGACAUCGUGCAGAAACUGUAGACGCAUUCUCGUGUCUCUCUUGUGACUCGGUAAUCCUUCAUUCCUUUAUUCCUUCCUUUUCCGUCGUCGUCGUCGUCGUCGAGCGCUCGACGACGACGACGACGAUGGUUUCCUUUCUAUAAUAUAACACAUUUUGUUGUAACCGAUCAAAUUGUUGUCGUUAUAAUAAAUACACGAUUGUUUAGAUUAUAUCGUGAAUGUUAAGCAA